GGAGUACCGAAUCAUGCUUAAUCAAACCAAACCAAACCAAACCAAAAUUGAGUAUAAAAAUCUCACAGCCUAUGCUUCUCUAUCCCCUCAAACCAAAAGCAAACUAGUGAGUUACCAAAGAGUUUAAUGAAAAUGUUCUUCCCAAUAACUUUGAUUCCUUUGUUCCUUUUAGCUGUGAUUUUCACUCUGAAAAUCAUCGAGAAAUGUAAGAAAGGCUCCAAAGCAAUCGAAAUGCUUCCACCAGGGCCAAGAAAACUACCCAUCAUAGGCAACUUGCAUCACCUGAUGAGUUCAUCAGUAUUGCCUCAUCAUGUUCUCAGGGAUUUAGCCCGAAAACAUGGAGACCUGAUGCACCUUCAGCUCGGAGAAAUCUCAACCAUCGUGUUAUCGUCUCCUCAGAUGGCAAAAGCAAUGAUGAAAACUCAUGAUCUAGCAUUUGCAAACAGGCCAGAGUUGCUGACAGGGCAGAUCAUAUUGUACAACUGUUCGGACAUUGCAUUUUCUCCGUACGGUGAAUACUGGAGACAAAUGCGGAAGAUAUGCCUGAUGGAACUUCUCAGCACCAAAAGAGUUCGGUCGCUUAAUGCGAUUCGCGAUGACGAGGUUUCGCUACUCAUUUCAUCGAUUCGGGAUGAAGCCCGGCAUUCGAAACAGGGCACAAACUUCACCAGAAAAGUUUACUCAUACACUUGUUCGAUGCUUCAAAGAGCUGCGCUCGGUAAAGUAUCCGAUCAGCGUCGAGAUGCCCUGGUGAAGCUGGUGACGGAAGUUCUAUCCCGGAUGAGCGGGUUUGAUGUUUCUGAUCUUUUUCCAUCUUGGAAAUUCAUUCACUACUUAAGCUUCAUGAAGCCCAAGUUGCAUGAUUUGCACCACAAAAUUGAUGGAAUUUUGAACACCAUCAUCGAUGAACAUGUCGAAAAACAGGACAGAUUGAAAACUGGAAAUGAUGGUGAUCAGUUCUACCAUGAAGAUCUGGUUGAUGUUCUUCUGAGAAUUAAAGAAAGUGGUGACCUUCCUUUUCCAAUUACCAACACAAAUAUCAAAGCUGUGGUACUGGACAUGUUUUUGGGAGGAAUUGAAAGUUCUUCCUCCACAGUAGAAUGGGCGAUGGCAGAGAUGAUAAAAAAUCCAAAUGUGUUAGCAAAGGCACAAGGUGAAGUAAGAAAAGAAUUGAUCAUUGGGAAAGAUUCAUUAAUUCAAGAAUCUGAUAUUCAAAACUUGAGUUAUUUGAAAUUAAUAAUCAAAGAAACUCUCAGACUUCAUCCUCCUGCUCCACUAUUGAUGCCUAGGAUCAACACAACGCAGUGCGAAAUCGAUGGAUAUAUCAUACCUCCUAACACAAGAGCUAUGGUUAACGUUUGGGCAAUCGGAAGGGAUCCCAAGUAUUGGGAAAACCCGGAAAGUUUCAUACCAGAGCGGUUUGAGAAACACUCUAUUGACUUUGGAGUGAUCCAUUAUGAGUUUUUACCAUUUGGUGGCGGGAAAAAAAUGUGUCCUGGAAUGUCCUUUGCUUUAGCUAAUAUUGAGGUUUUAUUAGCUAAUCUCUUAUAUCACUUUGACUGGGAACUCCCAAAUGGUAGUAGCGGUACGAGUUUAGACAUGGAAGAAUCCUACGGAUUAACAUCACCAAGGAAAAGUGAUCUUCUCCUAGUUGCCUCUAUGCAUUGGUAAGCUAUAAACGGAGGCCCAGGAACUUGUUUAUGUUACAAUUUGUGUAGCAAUCACGCUCUAUUAAUUAAUAAACAGCCCACUUAUUUUAAAGAAAAUAAUGUAUAUGGAUUGUAAACCAUAUUUGGAAUGAAUUAUGUGUGUUUUUUUUUUUAUGUCUUUAAGAUGGCGACAAUACUCAUAUUCGGAAGCUUGACACAAAAAAUGUGGUUUGCUAAAGCUUUGAUGGCUUCAUUUUUUUUACUUAACACUCAGUCUUUUGUGUUCAGAUCAGUGACGGAUUCAAGCGGGGUCAGGGUGGUCGAUCGACCCUCUGGCUGGCUGGAUUUGGCCAAAUUUUUUCUUAGUAGAGUGUCUGUUAUUUGAAAUUUUUUCAGUUCGACCCUCCAGUGACGGUUGAAUAAUCCUAUUUUUGAUCACGCGAUUUGAAAAUUCUCGUUCUGUCACUGGUUCAGAAUCAGAAUAUAUAUGUUUACGUAACGAUAACAUUGAACAAUGGGUACCCUCA